UCAGCUGUUAGCUUCGCUGUAAGCCUUUUCGCUGCCGAUCGCUGCCUGCACAAAGGAAAUAUAUGAGAUCCCCUCUAAUCCCUGAAAUGGCGACACAGGAGGUACAGCUGAACGAGACUCUGGCCCAUCUUAAAACGGAAUCGGAGACGCUGAAGACGAAGCUGGAGGAGGAAAGGGCGAAGCUGCACGAUGUCGAGCUACAUCAGGUGGCCGAGAAGGUGGAGGGGCUGGGCCAGUUUGUCAUGAAGACCCGGAGGACCCUGAAGGGACACGGCAACAAAGUUCUCUGUAUGGACUGGUGUAAGGACAAGAGGAGGAUCGUCAGCUCUUCUCAGGAUGGAAAAGUGAUCGUGUGGGAUGCUUUCACUACCAACAAGGAGCAUGCUGUGACAAUGCCGUGCACCUGGGUGAUGGCCUGCGCCUAUGCCCCCUCCGGCUGUGCUGUGGCCUGUGGGGGCCUGGACAACAAAUGCUCAGUGUAUCCUCUGUCUCUGGACAAAAACGAGAACCUGGCAGCCAAGAAGAAGUCAGUGGCCAUGCAUACAAACUACCUGUCUGCCUGCAGCUUCACCAACUCGGACAUGCAGAUCCUGACGUCCAGUGGGGAUGGUACAUGUGCAUUAUGGGAUGUUGAGAGCGGGCAGCUGUUGCAGAGUUUCCAUGGACAUGCAGCAGAUGUGCUGUGUCUGGACCUGGCCCCCUCUGAGACCGGGAACACAUUUGUUUCUGGGGGCUGUGAUAAGAAGGCAAAUGUGUGGGACAUGCGCUCAGGACAGUGUAUCCAGUCCUUUGAGACUCAUGAGUCGGACAUAAACAGUGUGAGAUACUAUCCUAGUGGAGAUGCGUUUGCGUCUGGCUCAGAUGAUGCUACAUGCCGCCUGUAUGACCUGAGGGCAGACAGAGAGGUGGCGAUUUAUUCCAAAGAGAGUAUUAUUUUUGGAGUCUCCAGUGUUGAUUUCUCUCUCAGUGGGCGGCUACUGUUUGGCGGCUACAAUGACUACACUAUAAAUGUUUGGGAUGUUCUCAAAGGAACACGAGUGUCUAUUCUGUUCGGGCAUGAGAACCGCGUCAGCACGCUGCGCGUUUCGCCAGAUGGGACAGCCUUCUGCACGGGAUCUUGGGAUCACACUCUUCGGAUCUGGGCUUAAGAAUGAAGACAUAGAGGAUUUAAUGGUAGACAGACCUCCUGAAGACACACCGAUGUUUCUGUUUGCUAGAGUACAAUCACAGAGAUAGAGACUCACACUUGGGUUGUACAUAGAGCGUAUCAAUAGCAUUGUAUAUAUACUCCAGUCUCAUGGCCAAGGUAGGUUUAAGUAUUUCAGAGAGCAAUUAAACCAACUGGCAGGCUUGUAUAACAAUAUGUUUGAGCGAAAAACUGCACAGAAGUACUUAUGGUUACAGUUUAAGAUGUAAGAUGUAUAUUGCAAAAAAACGUUGGUAGUAACUCGCAUCAGUCUAGGAUAGAAGUGACACAAUAAAGUGAUGUAUUGUAUGUGCCCACAUAAAGGACAUUACUUAUUUAUUUAUUUUUUUGCACAAAAAUAUUAGAGGCAUGAAUUAUGCAGAAAGAAAUGGGAUAUAAAGAAAAUAAUUUCAUUUGCAGGAGGGAAUCACAGCUUUAUUUGUCUACCUUACUGAAAAACAAAGAAACAGGGAGGAUGCCAAAUGUUGUGUCUUUGAAAACAUUAUUAAAUAGUAGAAGGUAUGAAUGAACAUAAAGUAGUCUGAACAAAGUAGUUAAUUAAAGGUGAUAGUUGAUUGGUUUUAAUUCCACACACUGCACAUCCCAGCAAGUCUCCUCUGUUCAUAACAAAAACUCACCUGCCAAUAUUAUUCCAGAAUAAACAAAGCACAUUCACAGGUAAACUAUAGUCAUAUACAGUGUUGAUUUUCUAUCCCUAUGAUUUUUAAAAACCUCUCAUCUGUUUGUUUCCAGCCAUGGAGGCCUCUUUUUUGCUCUAUGUGCACAUUCAGUCACAUUCAGACACCUUGAACCUUUGGUCCCUCAACUAGAUAUCUAAAUAUGAACAUAUGAAAACAUGUCUAAGUUAUUAGAAUGUACUCCUUUUCAUGCAAUUGUCCAAUGGCUGUCAUUUCAUAUUUACUGUAAUUAUUUCAUUGUAGUUUAGUGUACAGUUAAACAAGGGACUGUUUAUCAAAGUAUGACAAACAUA